UGAGACACAAAGGAAGCCAUCUUAUCCUUUGGAGUAACGGCGAAAGUCUGCGAGAAAACUAGUGGGUAGUGAAGAGAGAAAAUGGCGAUUCUCUGUGCUUCGACUUCAGUCGUCUUCUCCCCUUCUCCGUCGUCUUCACAAAGACUCUCAUUUUCAUUUCUGAAGAAUACCCAUUCCGGAAACAAUGACUCUUCCCUUGGGUUUUCGGUGGCAUCAUGGAAAUCUGUUGCACGGGCAACCUCCUCCUCUGUUAAUUCGAUGCGGGAUUUUCGGCUUCGUUGCCAGAAUUCCGACAAGCUAGCUCUUGUUCCAGACAAUCAGGGAUGGAUGUUCGAGGACACCGAAUUCGAAGGCCCAGAUAUUUGGAAUACAACAUGGUAUCCAAAAGCUAAAGAUCACAUUAAUACAGAAAAAACAUGGUAUAUUGUUGAUGCAACAGACAAAAUUCUAGGGAGACUAGCAUCAACAAUUGCUGUAUAUAUUCGCGGAAAGAAUCUGCCCACAUACACUCCAAGUGUGGACAUGGGAGCUUUUGUGAUUGUGGUAAAUGCUGAAAAAGUUGCUGUAUCUGGAAAGAAGAGGACCCAAAAGCUGUACAGGAGGCAUUCGGGAAGACCUGGUGGUAUGAAAGUUGAAACAUUUGACCAACUACAGAAGAGAAUUCCUGAAAGAAUUAUUGAGCAUGCUGUUCGUGGUAUGCUUCCUAAAGGGAGUCUUGGUAGAGCAUUAUUUAACCACCUAAAGGUUUACAAGGGUCCAGACCAUCCACAUGAAGCACAGAAACCUAUUGAACUUCCCCUAAAAGACAAGAGGAUACAGAAGCUGAAAUAGAUAAAGAGGUGUAUUUUGCCUUGAGAUACUGCCAGCAAUACCUCUUUCUCCAUUGGCAGCUAGUCUUUCAGGUUCGGUCCUUUGGAUUAUGGGUUUUAAGCUGACAUCAAUAUGAACUAUUGCAUUGACCUUCUUCCCAUGCUUCUGUUUUUUUUUUUUAAGAUGUAUUGGAAAUGGAUAUUGCAUCGCUCCAGCUGAUGUUAAAUUGUCUUGGAAAUUCAUUCUCUAGGUUUCAAUUGUUUUAGCAUACAUUUUUUACUGAAUCUUCAUUUUAUCUAGAGCUAGUUUGAGAAUCUUUUGUUUUCAAUGUUCAAAAUAGAAACAUUAAAUUAUU